AUGCUACAUCAGAUGGACGUCAAGACAGCGUUUCUUAACGGCUCCCUCAACGAAGACAUCUACAUGGACCAGCCGGACGGAUACCUGGAUGCAACACAGCCGGACUAUGUGUGCAAGCUAAAGAGAUCACUCUACGGCUUGAAGCAAUCGCCUCGCAUGUGGAACCAAACAAUCGAUGGGUUCAUGAUCAAGAUGGGAUUCAAGAAGUGCGAAUCGGACCACUGCAUCUACAUCAAGCGAGACGACCAAGACAUGAUUUUCGUGGUACUCUACGUCGAUGAUCUCAUCCUGGCCAGCAGCAACAACGAACUCCUCAAGUCAACCAAGAUGGCGCUGAGCAAACGCUUCGAAAUGACGGAUCUCGGAGAGCUCAAGUACUUCCUCGGGAUGGAGAUCAAGAACGACCGUAAGACGGGAAUGGUGACUGUACAACGAACCAAGUUCCUCAAGUCCGUGUUAACCAAGUUCGGAAUGGAUAACAGCAAGCCAGUGAAGACGCCUCAAGAUCCCGGCCUGAAGCUAACCAAGAACAUGUGUGAACAAGAAUGCAAGCACGAAGACACCAUGUGCAACGUGCCAUAUCGAAGUGCUGUCGGAGGCAUCAUGUAUCUCAUGGUCGCCACACGUCCGGAUCUAGCUGCUGCAGUGGGAUCAUUAUCCCAGUUCUCGUCCGACCCAUGCCCGACUCACUGGCAAGCUUUGAAGCGUGUGCUGAGAUACCUGCAAGAACGCCCAAUCAUGGUCUUGAGUUUACACGUGAAGAAGGAAGCCGUAUCUGCGGGUACACCGACGCAGACUGGGCCGGCGACAUUGAGUCAAGACGAAGUACAAGCGGCUAUGUGUUCAUGA